ACAGGCUGUGAAAGCAUGGCAGCUUCUGAGACAGAGGUGGUGUCCUCUCUGAUUGCAGACCCAGCCCCAGACGCUGCAGGAACGGCCGCGACCCCUGCAGCCGUAGCUGCAGCCACAGUGGUAGCGUCCCGGACCAAAUCGCAAGCUCAGGUCUCCAAAGCCGCCCUGGCUGCUAAGCUGAUGUCGCUCAGCGGCGUGUUCGCCGUGCACAAGCCCAAAGGGCCCACUUCAGCCGAGCUGCUGAAUCGGCUGAAGGAGAAGCUGCUGGCAGAAGCUGGAAUGCCAACUCCAGAAUGGAACAAGAGGCAAAAGCAGACAUUGAAAAUUGGACAUGGAGGGACACUGGACAGUGCUGCACAAGGUGUUCUGGUGGUUGGGAUUGGAAGAGGAACAAAAAUGUUGUCCAGUAUGUUGUCUGGGUCCAAGAGGUAUAUUGCCAUUGGAGAGCUGGGAAAAGCCACCGACACUCUAGAUGCUACCGGGAAGGUAACAGAUGAGAAGCCGUACGAUAAGAUUACACACAAAGAUAUUGAAGGCAUUCUGCAGAAGUUUACUGGGAAUAUAAUGCAAGUACCCCCACUCUAUUCUGCACUGAAGAAGGAUGGGCAAAGGCUUUCAACAUUAAUGAAGAGAGGUGAAGUCGUCGAGGCCAGACCUGCCAGGCUGGUGACUGUGUACAGCAUCUCCCUCCUGAGAUUCCAGCCACCGCUUUUCACUUUAGAUGUUGAAUGCGGAGGAGGCUUUUACAUCAGAAGCUUGGUCAGUGACAUUGGCAGAGAACUCUCUUCCUGUGCCAACGUGCUGGGACUGACCCGCACCAAACAGGGGCCAUUUACACUUGAAGAGCAUGCCCUCCCUGAAGACAGGUGGACCAUCGAUGACAUCGCACGGUCCCUGGAGCACUGCACAUCUCUUCUGCCAGAUGAACUGGCAUUUAAAAAAUCAAGAUCUGAGCAAUCCAGUGACCAGGCUUUAAGCUAUGAAUAUAUAACUCUCAGCGAGGCAAAGAGAGAAGAGGAUGCAAUCAAGACACUUUGAGACCGGCCAGGGAGGGUUGUUUCCUGGUUGGUGUGUGUACCUGACCCAGGAGUGGUCAUUUCUUUGCAAGAUGUCUUAGUGUCGCUGAAUGAUGAAUAUGAUUGGAUUCAGAUAAAUCAGCUUUCUGAAUUUGAUCUUUCCUUAGUCUUUUUCAUAUGAAAAAGUAAACAAUUUUCUAAUCACGGAAAACAAGUCGUCCUGUUAGUGUCACAGAAGCAAGUGGACUGUGUCACGUUGCUUUGUUUAAACUGCUGGGGGCUUCCACUGUUCUGGAAUUUUUUGAGUAUAUUUGAAGUGUUCAGUAUUGAACUGUCCUGUGUGUUUGCAGAGCUCAGGGCUGUUGUGAAGCGCUGUACUGAUGGGCUGUGUUUCUUAGAUCUUGAAAAUGAAUACGUUUUUCUAAUAAAUACUUGCAAAUGCCCAGACUUCUGCUCCUACUACUGAUAGAACGUAGUAGGUUAGUAUGUGUUUAGUCUUUCUCCUGUCUGGAACAGAGCUGGGCUCCUGUAGCUGUGUAUUGUGGCAGCUGUUUCUGUGGUCAGCCACAUCGUAUCAAAUAACUAAAAACGUGAGUUUUAGGAUAUAAACUAAAGAAUGUAUCUUGGAUUAAAUUCUGUCCUGCCUGCUCGUCAGUGCGUGUCUGUGUCUCCGUGACAUGGUUUCUGUAGUCACUUACUCCUUCAGGUGAUACUGUGGUGUGGAGAGCUCCUCAGCAACUCUCAAAGGCUGCCUUCAUGUAGCUUCAGGAAGCUCUCACCCCCUGUAAUAUGAUCCUGAGAAUGUGAUCACUUUUAAAAUAGCAAAUUCCAUGAAUGCCUAAUUUUUUUGUUAUGGAAUAUUUAUUUAUUCAUUUAUUUGUGUGUUUUGGGUUCUGGAGACAAGGUCACCUUAACUCGGGAUAGUGGAGCUGGAGAAGAGGCUCUGUGGUUAGGACUCGGUUCCUUAUCAGCAUACCUCAGAGGUUAGAUCGGAGCACCAACAUCAGGUGCCUCUACUACUCAAACCCAGAGCAGCUCAACACCCACUUCUGUCCUUGUGGGCACCUGUGAACACACAUGCCCCCAUGCACACACAGAUGAAAUAGUUACUUUAAAAGUUAUAUGGAUUAACCCAGGAUGACCUCACUCACUGUACAGUCAGGGCUCCUCCUAUCUCUACUCCCAAAUGCAGUGAUUACAGUAGUACACACUACAUCCUGUAGGGAUACAAUACACUGUGCAGCUUCGCCCAUAUGUAGAGACCACAGGCGUACACCGCUAUAUCACGUAGGGAUACAAUACACCGUGCAGCUUUGCCCACGUGUAGAGACCAUAGGCGUACACUGCUAUAUCAUAUAGGGAUACAAUACACUGUGCAGCUUUGCCCACGUGUAGAGGCCACAGGCGUACACCGCUAUAUUACUUGGGAUGUAAUACACUGUGCAGCUAUGACAACAUUCAGAUCUUCAUUUCCUAAAGUAUAUUUUCAAAAAGAUUUAUUAAACAUUUCAUAAAAUACAAGUUUUUAUACUUUUUGGAUUGCCAUUCUUUUUAAAGGUUGUUGCCUCAUGGUGCAACCUUUAAUCCCAGCACUCAGGAGGCAGGGACAGGUGGAUCUCUGUGAGUUCAAGGCCAGCCUGGUCUACAGAGUGAGUUCCAGGCCAGCCAGGACUAUGGAGUGAGACCCUGUAAGUCUGUAACUUUGCUCCUGUCUAGUUCUGUAAUUUGUGUAAGUAAACGUGGCAGUAGAUCCUGCCUGUUGGAACGGCACACGCUGCCUGUAAUCUGUCUUCACGAACAGCUGAAGUCCGAAUAGACCACACAUCUGAGGGAUUUCUUUUGUCUUUUCCAAUAUAACCUUUACACAUACACUCUUCUGAUAGGAAAGAGUAGACUGUAAAAAGGCAAGUAAGUUCUAGAAAUGGUAGCCAGUUUUUUCCUUUUGUUUGAAAAUGCUGAGGAAAAUUGUGCAAGUUAAAAAAAUUACCCAUAAUGUUCCCCAUCCUAAUGCAGCCAUUUUAGAUUUUAUUUUUAUAUUGUAUUUCUCUUUUUAUUUACAUAAUCCAGGCACCUAUGCUCUGAUUGACUUUUCAUGUGGUUUUUAUCUGACUGUGUUUAGUCUUGAUGAACUCAGUCCUGUUGGUACACACGUAAGUGCUUCUCAGUUUUCUUAGGACAGUUCUCAGAGUGUGGUUAUUGUAGGUAGUGCAGUAAGAACAGCCUACGGUUCCCUGGGUUGCCACAUUUACUGUCUCACCAUUUGGGAUUUUAUACAUUGUUGCUAAAGUUUCUCUGCUUUUGUGUGAUUUGUCUUUAUACUCUCUUCAUUUGUAUAAAUAAAUGUCUGGAUGGUUUCUUU